AUGGGUAACAGCUUCAGUAACAGUGAUUCAAGUAACACUUCAAAUAACACUUCAAGCGACAACUCAAGUUCUGAAAAAGGCUAUAAAAGUCAUAAAGAACUCCUCACUUCUAAUUGGUAUAACACAAUAAAAAAUAAAUUAAAAGAUAAUUCACUGUGCAUACGAUCUGAAACAGAGCUUGAUAAUUUGAUAAAUAGCCUUGGAGAUGAAAAAAUAUUUCUAGAUCGGUAUCUCAAUCUUAAAGAAAUCUACAAUGACGAAAAUUUGCAACAAAUCACUAAGGAUUUGCAGGAAUUAAAUAUUCUUCAAGAAAAUAAUUUUACUCCAAGCGAGGAAGAGGGAAGGAAUCUGAUCAAUAGUCUAUUGCAACACAGAAGAAAAUCCGACAAAUUCAAUGUUUAUUUGUUUAUUAGUAAGCUUUCGAAUGGCCGUUCUGAUAGCCCAUAUCUUCGAUUUUUAGGAAAGCAUGUGCUUAGAAACAAAUAUGGAAUGUUUCACGUUGGUUUAGAAGUAGAUGGAAUUGUUUUGGAUUGGGGUACUGGCGACGCUGGUCCUCAUCUUAUUUAUCCAAAGAUCUACGUAAAUAGAAUAUAUGAUAAGAUUGCAUAUAUUCGUGUCAAUUACGAUUCAAAUUUUAGUCGAGAAUUUAAUCAAUCAACUAAUCGAUUCUCACAAUUUUGGAAUAUUUUAUGUCAUAUUUUUUCUGACUCUUUAUCCAUUAUAUCAACAAUGUAUAGAAUGUUGUUAACUUUUGUUACAAAUAUUGGUGUUAUCCCGUCCCAAAAAUUACAAAUUAUUGCUCAAAAAUGCGUUUUUUGGAACAGGUUUAUAUUUUACGAUCCACUAAAUCGUAAUUGCCAACAUUUUAUCGAUGAAAUGCUCAAAGCACUUGGUCUAGAAUUUCAUCCUGAAGGCGAGUUCAAAAAGUUUCUAGAUCGAAUUAUUAAUUAUGCAGAUGAUAGCUUCUUGUUCCAAGAGAUAGAAUUCCUUUCGAGACAAGACCUUGAUCAAUACGCCAAUCAGAAUUGGGAUAAAAUUCAAAAUAUUUGGGAUAAAAAAUUACUUUUGUGUUAUUCUGACAUGAUGGAAGGUUUAUAUGUAAAUGACAAAAAUCCAAAAUGGGGUCCUAUGGAAAAUAAAAUGAGAUGGGAACAAAGAGAGUAUGAGCUAAGAACUCAUUAG